AAGCCAGUCCUGCCAUUCCAUGCCCUCUGACCUCGGUAAUUCCGUUGUAUCUGAUAAACCAGUGAGUGGCAGAAGGCAGGAGUUCCUUUGCAAACGAUAGCAAGGAGCAUCGCGAACAUUGUCCAAGGUCCCAAUUCCAUCCAACCAUGUUUUCCUCUAAACUCUCCCGAGUUCCAUCUCUUCAGAACCUGCUCAAAACAGGCUUCGACCCUACUCUCAAAUCCAUUAACCAGUUUCUUCUCUUUCUCUUCCAGGCUCACAAAUUCAAUUCAAUUGUCCACUUCUUCUUUCAAUUAAACUCAAACCAAAUCAGGGGCAACUCCCAAACUCACUCAAUCAUCGCUAAAGCUCUCCUCAAACUGCACAAAUUUGAAGAAGCAGAGAAUUUGAUGAACAUCCAGAUGAUAAAGUUUUUGAAUUUUCCCAGGAGUAGGUUGUGGGAUUCUCUAAUUCAAGGAUUUUGUGUCAUCCAGAACCACCCAGAAAAGGCUCUCUUGCUGUUGAAGGAUUGCUUAAAGAAUCACGGUAUAUUGCCUUCUUCUUUUACUUUUAGUUCAUUGAUUCAUAGUUUUAGUUCUCAAGGGAAUAUGAGUAGAGCAAUUGAGGUGUUAGAGUUGAUGACUGAUGAGAAGAUUAGGUACCCUUAUGAUAAUUUUGUUUGUAGUUCAGUGGUUUCUGGUUUUUGCAAGAUUGGGAAGCCAGAACUUGCAAUUGGGUUUUUUGAGAAUGCCAUGACUUCAGGAACUUUAAGGCCUAAUAUUGCAACUUAUACAGCACUUUUAAGUGCCCUUAGCAUUUUGGGUAGAUUCGACGAGGUUUAUGAUUUGGUUUCUGGGAUAGAUAAACAACGAUUAGCAUUUGAUGUUGUUAUGUAUAGUAGUUGGAUUUGUGGGUGUUAUAAAGUUACAGAUUUGUUGGAGGCAUUUAGAAAGAAUAGAGAGAUGGUGGACAAAGGAAUAAAGCCAGAUGUGUUUAGUUACACUAUUCUCAUUGAUAAGUUUUCCAAGGAAGGGAACGUUGAAAAGGCAACAGGCUUUUUGUGGAAGAUGUUAAAAGAUGGAGUGAAAGCAAAUGUUGUUACAUAUACUGCAAUAAUGCAUGGGUUCUGCAAGAAAGGAAAACUGGGGGAGGCAUUCACUAUUUUAAAGGAAGUUGAAGAUAUGGGGAUUGAAGUGGAUGAAUUUAUGUAUGCAACCUUGAUUGAUGGAGUUUGUAGAAGAGGAGAAUUAGACCAUGCUUUUGAUCUGCUGCAUGAAAUGGAGAAGAAGAGGAUUAAGCCAAGCAUAAUUACCUAUAAUACUGUCAUCAAUGGAUUGUGUAAGGUUGGGAGGACAUUUGAGGCAGAAAAAUUUUUGAAAGGGGUAGAUGGGGAUAUUGUAACAUACAGUACAUUGUUGCAUCACUACACUGAAGAUGAAAAUGUGCAUGGGAUUCAGGAGACAAAAAGGAGAUUGGAAGAAGCUGGGGUUGCUAUGGAUGUUGCUGCAUGUAAUGUACUUAUCAAAGCUCUAUUUAUGGUAGGUGCAUUUGAAGAUGCCCAUGCACUUUACCAAGCAAUGCCAGAAAUGAAUUUGAUUGCAGAUUCCAUUACUUAUUGUACAAUGAUAGAUGGGUAUUGUAGAGCAGAAAGAAUUGAGGAUGCACUUGAGUUAUUUGACGAGUUUAGGAGUAAAUCAAUGAAUUCAGUUGCAUGCUACAAUUGUAUGAUAAAUGGGCUAUGCAAAAAGGGAAUGGUGGAUAUGGCCUUUGAGGUGUUUACUGAAGUUGAGCAGAAAGGCUUUGCUUUAGAUGUAGGUAUCUUGAUGAUGUUGAUGAAGACAACUUUUGCACAAAGUGGUGCAAAGGGAGUUGUAAAUCUUGUUUACAAGCUUGAAAAUUUUAGGGCAGAUGUGUAUGGCGUUAUAUUGAAUGAUGCUAUCUGUUUCUUGUGUAAGAGAGGUUCUCCUGAAGCUGCAAUUGAAGUGUAUGCAGUGAUGAGGAGGAAACGAUCAACAGUGACAAGCAAGUCUUACCAUUCACUAUUGGAAAACCUUAUCAACAAUGGGUGCCUAAUUCGACCUUUCUUGAAUAUCUUUCUGAAGGAGUAUGGUCUGGUAGAGCCUAGAGUAAGCAGAAUUCUUGUAUAUUACUCAUGUCUCAAGGAUGUGAACAAUUCCCAAUGGUUCGUAAAGAAGUGGAAGGAGUCCUCAGCUGUCACUUACCCUCUUGCUGCUUUCAGAAGACUUGUAAAGGAUGGUAGAGCUCUGGAUGCACAUAAACUUGUCAUGGUAGCUGGAGAUAGCCUCCCUCUGGAGGAUGUGGUUGAUUACACUAUCCUGAUUGACAGCCUUUGCAAGGCGGGAUACCUCAGUCAGGCCUUAGAUCUCUGUGUUUUUGCUAGAAGUAAGGGGAUUACUCCUAAUAUUGUCACUUAUAAUUCAGUUAUAAAUGGGUUGUGCCGUCAAGGGUGUCUUGUUGAAGCAUUUCGACUUUUUGAUUCAUUAGAUAAAACUGAUUUGGUUCCCUCUGAGAUCACAUAUGCAACCCUGAUUGACAAUUUAAGUAAACAAGGUUUUCUACUAGAUGCCAGACGGUUGUUUGAUAGUAUGGUUUCCAAGGGCUACAAGCCCAAUACACAUGUCUACAAUUCAUUGAUUGACAAUCUCUGCAAGUUUGGAAAAAUGGAUGAAGCCUUUAAGCUUCUGUAUGAUAUGGAGAUGAAAGGCUUUGAACCUAAUGGCUUCACUGUUAGUGCUUUAAUCAAUGGAUACUGCCAGAAGGGUGACAUGGAAGGGGCUCUUGAUUUCUUUUCUGAGUUCAAAAAGAAAGAUAUAGUACCUGAUUUCUUGGGUUUUGUUUAUAUGGUACGAGGCCUUCAUACCAAGGGAAGGAUUGAAGAGGCAAGGAACAUCUUAGAAGAAAUGCUUCAGUCAAAGUCUCUUGUGGAGCUGAUAAAUACAGUUGACAAAGAGGUUGAAUCUGAGUCUGUAGAAAGUUUUCUUAUAUUCUUAUGUGAGCAAGGAAGGAUCUCCGAUGCUGUGGUAGUCCUUAACAAAAUUGCAUCCAUACUUUAUCCUUUUCGAAGGUGGUCUGGUGCUUACGAGGGAUCUCAAUUAACAAACAAGCAUUCUGAGUGCAGAAACCUUUCUUCUGCUGUUUCAGAACCUUUAACAUCCAAUCAAAAUUCUGAAAUAACUGAUAGCAAGAAAGUUGAUAAGUUGGCAGAGAAUUAUGACAUUGCUGGAAAAAGAUCUAAAUUGCGUGACUUUGGAUUUUACUACUCCUUGAUUGGUUCACUCUGUUCAAAAGGGGAGCUGCAGAAGGCGAAUGAAUUAGUAAAUGAAUUGCUUUCAAGCUUGUAGGGACAUCUUCAGUCAGAUUAUAGAGCUCUUUGCUGGCAUGACCGAAUCUAUGGGUUCCUUGGCCUUCAUCAUGAGGGAGUAAGAAUGAACUGUCUAUGGUGGGUACCUUUCUUUACUUUCAGCAUUUUCUGAUUAAAUAUUCCUCCUGAAUUCUGUUUAGAACCAAAUUUCUCAAGUUUCAGGCCAGAAAACAAAAACAAAAAACCAUCUUUCCCAACAAGACCCUUUCCAAACCAAAUCCAAUCUGUUAAUUAAGUUUCAUUUUGUUCAAGACGAGGUUACUGAGUGCUCUCUCUUAAUUUUCUCAAGUUUACCUGUUGAUCUGUUAGCUGACUUGCUUAUGAAACCCCUUUCUUGCUAUUGAUUAUCCGGGAUAGGAGUCUUUAAUGAACAUCUUGCAGGAGGCAUGUUACAGAGCAACUACUAAGAUUAAGCCUGAAAAUAAUUUGUCAUUUCUUGAACUUAAUUUUUUUGGGGGAAUUCCUGAACUUAAUUGUUAGUGGUCUCGAAAAUUUCAUCCUGCAACUUCCUGGAGAUAGCUCCUUUGUUAAUUGUUGAGGUUGAACUAGAAGAAUUCAGCUGUGUUAUAGCUUGUUUGGCAACUGGAUGUGUCUGUUGAGAGCAAUUUAAAGCUUUGAAUUGAUAUUUAUUGGGCUUUCUCUUGGUUUUUCUUCAUCUUUUGGUUUCCUUUGGUUUCCUAUAUUGGGUAUAGACAUUAUUGCUU